UUCUGUCAAACAUGGCUGUGCCUUGGAAGAAGGGAAAAUGCUGAAUUGUGUUGGUAUAUAUGUCGAGAAAAGCAGCAGAAAUGGCUAGAUUGGCUGACUAUUUUAUUGUCGUGGGAUACGAUCACGAGAAAUCCGCCGGUUCAGGAGAGGGAUGCGGAAAGAUCAUUCAGCGGUUCCCCAAGAAAGACUGGGAAGGAACAGCCUUUCCUCAGGGGGUGGAGAUGUUCUGCCAGCCUGGAGGUUGGAGGUUGUACAGAGAAAGGAAAGCACCCACCUUCUUCACUGUUGUGCUGACAGAUAUAGAUUCAGAUCGACACUACUGCUCCUGCCUCACUUUCUAUGAAGCUGAGGUUAAUCUACAGGGAUCAAAGAGUAUUGAAGCUGAUGGAGAUGAGGAUGAGGAGGCAGAGGAAGAUAGCCUGAUCCAGCCAGCUCAAGUGUUUGCACCAAAAAGUCUUAUUCUUGUCUCCAGACUGGAUUAUCUUGAAAUAUUCAGAGGAUGCUUGGGUCUGAUUUACACAGUGCACAUUGAUAGCCUGAGUUUCCCUUUAGAGGGUCUGGUGACCAACCUCUUUACAUUCCAGGUUCCUGUCACUGGAGGAUCUCAGAAGCUGUUUAGCCUGGGAGCAGGAGAUCGACAGCUAAUCCAAACACCUCUGAGCACAACUUUGCCUGUCACAUACAGGAGUGUUGCCAUGCUCUUCCAGCAGCUGGGAAUCCAAAAUGUUUUCAGCCUGUUUUGUGCGGUCCUGACAGAACACAAGGUUUUGUUUCACUCCACAAGCUACCAGAGGCUUGGAGAGGCGUGUCGGGCCCUCGAAGCUCUCAUGUUUCCUCUAAAGUACAGUUACCCAUACAUCCCUAUUCUACCUUCACGCCUGCUGGAGGUAUUGAGCUCUCCUACUCCCUUCAUCAUCGGAGUACACUCCAUGUUUCAGACUGAAAUCCAGGAUCUGUUGGAUGUCAUUAUUGCUGACCUGGAUGGAGGAACAAUAAAGAUCCCUGAGUGCAUCCACUUGUCCCAGCUCCCUGAACCGCUGUUACACCAAACACAGACCGCUCUUUCCUCGGUUUUGCAUCCUGAUUUGGAGAUAGCAGACAAUGCAUUCCCUCCCCCUCGUACUGCACCCUCCAACCUCAAAUUGUUGGACAAGGAGGUGAGGGCUGUCUUUCUCAGGUUGUUUGCACAACUCUUCCAGGGCUACAGGUCUUGCCUGCAGCUCAUCCGCAUCCACUCUGAACCUGUUAUUCACUUUCACAAGACUGCCUUCUUGGGCCAACGAGGCCUCAUCGAGAAUGAUUUCCUGACCAAGGUUUUGGACGGCAUGGCCUUCGCUGGUUUUGUCUCCGAGAGAGGUCCACCUUUCAGAGCCUGCGAUCUCUUUGAUGAGCUGGUGGCCUUGGACUUUGACAGCUUUAAGGAAGAGGAGGUCUGCCCUGCCAAGCUGCAGAAGCAUAUCAGGGAGCUCUCUGAGCAGCUGUACAGAAAUGAGAACCCGAACCCCCACAUGGCAUUCCAAAAAGUCCCUAAGCCAUCUGAGGGAUCCCACCUGCGUGUCCACCAGGUACCCUUUCCUUUGCUAGAAGAUGAGACGGUAGAGAAUAUGAUACAGGAGGGUGUAGCAAAACACAGCAGCACACCACCAUCUGCACGACCGGAGAAGAAGUGCGUGGUACCUGCCGGACCACCUGUCGUGUCCAUUAUGGGUAAGAGUACCUCCGUCUUUAACAGCGCUCGCAGGCUUGAGGUGGUGAGGAGCUGCAUUUCUUUCAUCUUUGACAACAAGACCUUGGAGACUGAGAAGACUCUGCCUGCUGCACUGCGGGCGCUGAAAGGCAGAGCAGCCCGUCAGUGUCUGACUGAGGAACUGAGUCUGCAUGUCCAACAGAACCGUGCCAUACUCGACCACCAGCAGUUUGACUACAUAGUUCGUAUGAUGAAUUGUGCCCUCCAGGACUGUUCAAGCUCUGAGGAGUACACAGUAGCUGCUGCACUGCUGCCCCUGUCAACAGCCUUUUACAGGAGACUGACUGCUGGAGUGAAUCAGUUUGCAUACACCUGCAUACAGGACCAUCCCAUCUGGACCAACCAGCAGUUCUGGGAAGCCACUUUCUACAGUGAAGUCCAAAGUCAGAUCCGAUCCCUUUAUCUUAGCACCCCAGAGGGACCUGGGGGCAUCACCACCAGGCUAAAGGAUGUGUGCCCCCUCCCUGAAGCGAGCAAAGAUGAGGAGCAGACAGCCAUGGAUCUGGCUGCGGAGCAGCUGCGCGCAUGGCCUAGCCUGAGCAAGGAGAUGCAACAGGAGUUGGUGAAGAAUGAGGAGAGCACUGUGUUCAGCCAGGCCAUCCACUAUGCAAGCCUCAUGGUCUACCUGCUCGUUCCUUUGGACACCAGCAAGAACAAGCUGCUGCGCACCACACCUGCUGCUGACUGGGAGAGCGGCAGUAACAGCAUUGUGACAAACAGCAUUGCUGGCAGUGUGGCAGAGAGCUUCGACACAGAAAGUGGGUUUGAGGACUCGGAGACCAGCGACGUGGCAAACUCUGUGGUCAGGUUUAUUGCCCGCUUCAUCGACAAGGUGUGUACAGAGAGCGGAGUGACUCAGGAACACAUCAAGAGCUUGCACAGCAUGAUCCCAGGCAUCGUAGCUAUGCAGAUGGAGGCUUUAGAGGCAGUUCACAGGGAGAGCAGAAGGUUACCUCCCAUUCAGAAGCCGAAGAUUCUGCGUCCAGCUCUGCUUCCUGGUGAGGAGCUGGUGUCGGAGGGGCUGCGGGUGCUGCUGGACCCUGACGGCAGGGAAGAGGCAACAGGGGGCCUCCUGGGGGGCCCUCACAUCUUGCCAGCAGAGGGGGCCCUCUUUCUCACCACAUACCGCAUCAUCUUCAAAGGCAUUCCCCAUGAUCCACUAGUGGGGGAGCAGGCAGUUAUCAGAGCUUUCCCAGUGUCCACGCUGACCAAAGAGAAGAAGAUAAGCAUCCAGAACCAGCUGCAGCAGAACAUGCAGGAAGGUCUGCAGCUCCGCUCCUCAUCCCUUCAGUUGAUAAAAGUAGCUUUUGACGAGGAGGUUAGCUCGGAGAUGGUGGAGAUAUUCAGGAAACACCUCCAAAGAAUUCGAUAUCCACAGUCCAUCUUCAGCUCCUUUGCAUUUGCUGCAGGACAGACGGCUCCUCAGUUAAUCCUUCCAAAGCAAAAAGAGAGAAAUACUGGCUUCAGAACACUGUCGAAAACUAUUGUCAAAGGAGCAAAAAGGGCAGGGAAGAUCACCAUGGGCCGCGGUAAUCAAACCACGCUGAAGAAAACUGACAGAAGCAACCGGUCAACCUGGCAUGAAGACGACGACAUUUCAAUAUCUGAUGAUGAGCCACCACCCAGCAGCACCUUGCGAGCAUCAGAGAAAUCCACCAUGGAGCAGCUGGUGGAGCAGUCGUGUUUCCGUGACUACCAGCGUCUCGGGCUGGGCACCAUCACCGCCAGUUCGUCUCGCUCCAAGUCAGGAGAGCAGUUCAGGAUCACAGCAGUAAACAGACUGUACUCCCUGUGCCGCAGCUAUCCAGGACUACUGGUUGUUCCUCAGGCUGUGCAAGACAGCAGUUUACACAAAGUAGCCCGCUGCUACAGACACAAUCGUCUCCCUGUUCUGUGUUGGAAACAUCCCCGGACCAAAGCCGUGCUGCUGCGCUCUGGAGGCUUCCAUGGCAAAAGUGUGGUGGGAUUGUUUAAGUCACAAAAUCCCACUUCAACGGCUCCUACGUCAUCCUCAGAUUCCUCCAGUAGCCUUGAACAGGAGAAGUACCUUCAAGCCAUCCUUGCGUCCAUCCCUAUCUACUUCAAAAUGAACGGGAACAACACCCUGUCCAACCGCUCUCUCAUAGGCCUCUCACCAGGCAGCGAAAGGAGGACAUCCAGGAUACCAAAGAUGGCUCCUGUCCAUUUAGACAUCCCAUUCUCAAACAGCUUUACCAGAGGAGUGCUUGAAUACAGAGAUAAACUAUUCACUCACUCACACCAAAAACCUGCCAGUAAGGAGAGAAUCCACAAUAAAGGCAUGUGGGCCAGCCUGCGCUCCAGCAGCAGACUCGUUCAGCACUCGCCAGUGGGUGAAGUGGGUGCCAGACUCGCGGGGAAGGAUCUGGCGCCCCCUGCAGGGAGCAGCAGUCUGCAGGCUCAGCUCCUCAAACGGCAGGCUGCCUUUUACAUAUUUGGAGAAAAGUCGCAUCUUAGGGGCCUGAGAGUGGACGCAUCUCUCAACUGUGAGCUGGUGCCCGUGGAGUUCACAGACACACGGCAGGUGAAAGCUGCAUUUAAAAAGUUGCUGAGGGCCUGUGCUCCAAGUGCCACUUCGUCCGAUUCGGAGGAUUCCUUCCUCAAAGCCUUGGAGGACUCUGAGUGGAUCCUGCAGCUUCACAAGAUCCUGCAGCUGGCAGUGUUUCUGGUGGAGCUUCUGGACACCGGCUCAUCUGUUCUGCUAAGCCUGGAGGAUGGCUGGGACAUUACCACACAAGUGGUGUCUCUCGUGCAGCUACUGAGUGAUCCUUUCUACCGGACUCUGGAAGGCUUUCAGGUGCUUGUGGAAAAGGAAUGGCUGUCGUUCAGCCAUAAAUUCAGCCAACGGAGCAACCUGAGUCCCAGCAGUCAGGGAAGUGGCUUUGCACCCAUUUUCAUGCAGUUCCUGGACUGUGUGCACCAGAUUCUGGAGCAACAUCCUCUGGAGUUUGAGUUUAAUCAGUAUUAUUUGAAGUUCCUGGCGUAUCAUCACGUCUCUAACCGCUUCAAGAACUUCCUGUUGGACUCAGACUAUGAGCGCUUCGAGCAUGGACUGCUGUUCGAGGAUAAAGGCGAUAAGCAGGCCCGGAGAGGUAUCUGUAUCUGGGAGUGCAUCAACAGGAUGCACCGGAGGAGUCCCAUCUUCUUCAACUAUCUGUACAGCCCGUCAGAGAGCAACGUGGUCCUGAAGCCGUCCGUCGGCAUCCCCAGCCUGAGCAGAUGGGACUUCUUCAUUGAAGAGAGUCUGUCAACUGGGCCGGUCUACGACUGGAGGAUGAUGGCUGUGAGGUCGGAGAGUUCGGAGGAGACGGACAGCGUCUCCAACAGCAAGAGGAGGAUUGUUUGGCCGUGUUACAGCAGCGUGACCAACGCCCAGCCGGACGCCAUUACCAAACUCCUCGCUGACAUCGAGAGGCUGGAGAGUGAGCUGAACCAGGCGCCGGAAAAAUGGCACACGACUCUUGAAAGGGUUCGGCUCAGUAUACAGGAAGAUCUCAAGCAGGAAGGAAAUCUGCGUAAGCAGUCGUUGUCCAUCUCAGGCCUGAUUCCCACGUCCAGCCUGCAGGCCUUCCAGCGGCGCUCUAUGAUGCACCUGCCAGACGGCGGACUGGGCGAAGACCACGGCACCGCCACGGCCAACGGGCUCAACCGCCGCGCCGCAACGCUUUACAACCAGUUCACCCCCAAGAGUGAGGAGAACAGGUCUUACGAGGGGAUCCUGUACAAACGUGGAGCUCUGCUGAAGGGCUGGAAACCUCGCUGGUUUGUGUUGGACAUCACCAAACACCAGCUGAGAUACUACGACACCGGCGAGGACACCAACUGCAGAGGCCACAUCGACCUGGCCGAGGUGGAGUCAGUGCUGAUCGCAGCGCCGACAAUAGGAUCCCCCAAACACAUCAGUGAGAAGGCUUUCUUCGAUCUGAAAACCAGCAAACGAGUGUACAACUUCUGCGCGUCGGACGCCGCCAGCGCUCACGUGUGGAUCGACAAGAUCCAGAACUGCAUCUCGGAUGCUUGAACGGCCGCGGUUGAGCGGCGUACGGCGUCAGAGGCAGCUUCAGGGGGCUGAGGGCAGAACCGUGGCAGCAGCUCAGUCCAGCAUCCACAUCUCUUCACCUUCGGGGACCACAGUGAACCAAGUGCCUGGUGGCGGAGGACGGAUUCUGUCCGUCCUCCUCUCCGCCUGCUAUUGAGCGUCCGCUCGAGCUGUCGUCACGCCGCAAGUCGACCACCCCCGGCCUCAGCCGUCAGAUCGCUCUGAGAGGGAUGAAGUGAAGAUAAGCUGAAGUUUUAGGGGGACUGCACUAUAAAUGUCAUCCUACUUAAACUGUAAAUAGAUCCAAGCAAUAUCACUGGCCAUUAAAAACUGUGGGUUCAAUUUUUGACUUUAGGCAACGAAAGAUAUAGAAAAAUAGCUUGACAAAAGAUUUUCUAUCAGAUAUUUUACUACGAGGAAAGGUUAUCGCUGCUGACAGAAACAAAUAAACCGCCAAAAACUCAGAGAUUUUGAUGCACAACAUUAAAAAGCGAUUUGUUUGCACUUAGAGCUAACGUAUGCACUCCUAUCAAACAAAGAUAGUCUAACAUGCAGACAGCCAGGCCUAAGGCAUUACUUUACAAUAUACAUGAGAUAUCGCCUCAUGAAAAGAAUAAAAGUAAAUAAUUUGCACAGUGACUUCAAAAGACUUUUUUUUCUAUUUAAAUAUGUGACAUUUUCACUAUUUUGCUGAAUGUUUAUUGACUUCUGCUUAACACAUGUGACUCAUGUAAAUUAUUGUUUGUUGGUUUUUUAUUAAAAGUGUAACAGUGCAAGUGUGGUGAUAUCAUGUUUUCUGUAAAUACCUUUUGUGACAUUUCAUUUUAUAUCCUGUACUUGCAGAACAUGAGUAUACUUUUGUAACACUACCCUAAUGUGACUCCUCUCGUUUUUAAGUGUUGUUACUGGUGCAAAACCCCGAGUGGCCUGUUGCCUGUGUGUGGUGAAUGGUCGUGGUCGUUCAGGUCCUCCACGCGGGCCCCGUCCUUCAAGGGCUCAUAAAGAAAAUACCUAGUAGGAUCCGUGGAAAUUAUCGUCUCAUCUUUUCUCUCCGUGUGCGGCCUACACAGCUUUGUUAGAGAAAGAAGAAAAAAAAAAAAAAAAAAAAAGCACAGAACAACUCAGAUGUCUUUUCGUUUUUUUAACAGUGUCUUUGUACCAUGUUUUUUUUUUCUGGUGACACUAAGUUUUUGAA